AACCGUGGGUCAUUGCGUUGAAGUUUAGAAAACUAUGGUGAUAGAUCGAUAUGGCAUAUCCAUCAGAUCGAUAUCCGCCCCAAUUUCAUCGUCGUCUUCAUCCGUUCUUUAGAAAAAGUAAACACUAAAGUAUUCAUAGCUGAUAAAAGCCCCUUAGCAGCUGACUGUGACACUGCCCCACCAUCACCAUCCCAUCAUUUUCACUUUUUUAAUUAUGCCCCUUAGCCUCCUUUUUUUUUUUUUUUAAAUUCCUUCAUCCUUUUCUUCUACCUCACUUCUUUUCAUCUAAAGUUCACCAAGCAUGGUUUCCAUCAUUCACGUCAUGAGCUUUAGUAACCAAUCUUAGAUCUUUGCUUUGCUUUCACUUGUUCUUCUUGUAUAUAAAAACCCAUCACCUCAUGACCUUACACUAGAUUUGACUUGAAAAUCCCAAAGCAAUGAUUCCAUCUUCAUCGUCAUUAUCGUCUCCGAUUGUUUACGCUUUGACCCUUUUCGUUUCUUUGUCCUUUCUUUUACUCUUUGCCCCUCAAAUCCUUCCUCUCGGGAAACACCGGCAAGUUCCGAUCUCUGCCCAGGAUGAACUCGACGAUCUCCAUCUCUUCCGUGAAGCUAUCACGGCGGCAUCAUCUCGUGGUGGCUCUUCCAAGGUUUCCCAUCUGGGUACUAUUAACCCCAAGCCCAAAAUCGCUUUCCUUUUCCUCACGAACUCGGAUCUCGUGUUCGCCCCUUUAUGGGAACGUUUCUUUGAAUCGAACGAUGGUCUCUUCAAUGUCUACAUCCAUGCCGAUCCAUCUACCAAGCUAAACCCCCUACAGUGGUCAAUAAAAGCCAACUUCAUCGCUUCCAGAAGAACAGCACGCGCCUCCCCGACGCUAAUCUCCGCCGCCCGGAGACUCCUCGCUAACGCCAUCAUCGACGAUCCGUUCAAUUUGUACUUUGCACUGGUGUCCCAACAUUGUAUCCCUCUCCAUUCCUUUAAAUACGUUUACACUUCCCUCCUCGGCAACCCAUCAUCGGCAACCAAAGCCUUUUUGACUCAACGUUCGCACCAAAGCUACAUCGAGAUCUUAUCCGAUGCGCCGUAUCUGCACAACCGGUACGUCGCUCGUGGCGACGGUAUGAUGGCACCCGAAAUACCGUACGAUGAAUUCAGGGUGGGGUCCCAGUUCUUCGUGCUUGCCAAACGACAUGCUUUGCUUGUGCUAAAAGAAAGGAAACUAUGGAAAAAAUUCAAGCUCCCUUGCUUAGAUUUAGAAUCUUGCUACCCUGAAGAACACUAUUUCCCCACAUUGUUAUCAAUGGAGGAUCCUAAAGGAAGCAGCCAUUACACAUUGACGAGAGUGAAUUGGACUGACAGUGUCGAUGGUCAUCCCCAUACAUACCAUUCGCCGGAGAUUUCGCCGGAGCUCAUUCACACAUUGAGGGAAUCCAAUUCGAGUUAUUCAUAUUUUUUCGCUCGGAAAUUCUCACCGGAUUGCUUGAAACCGUUGAUGGGUAUCGCCAAGGACGUCAUUUUCAGAGAUUGAACUGAAUUUGGUGAGGUUGAAGAACAUGGAAGGCUUUGGACUUUGAGAAACAAAGUUGGUGGUCUUUGUGUUCUAUUGUACAUAAAUUGUUUUUUUUUUAUAUAAAAAAUGAGUUUUUCUUUUUGAUCUUAGGUUUAGUUUGAAUGGAUAAUAAGUUUAUUUUCGAUGAAGUUAAAAAUAGCGGUGACGGUAAAAUUAAUUACUGUAAUUGUGAAAUAAAAUAUUUCACUAUAUUACAACUAUUGUCCAUCUAAAGGAAGGCUUAAAUAGAAUUUUAUUGGAAAGAUGGGAAGGUAAAGGGGGCCAAAGAGUGGAGUUAAUGGAGAGAAGCAAAGAGUAAGGUUUAAGUAAACAUUGCUUCUUGAUUUUGUGGUGUGUGGGUGUAGUUAUGAAGAUCUCCCAUUUGCUCUUUUCCUUUUCCAUAUAGGCAAAAGCCUCUUAAAUUGUAAUUAUGUAUCUUAUCCAUACUUGAGAGUUGAGAAUGAAA